GCCCGGGCGCGCAUCUUCGGGCAGGGCCAGGGCGAAGGCGCCGGCUCCGGCGCCGCCGCGGCGCCGCCGCCGGUGGAGGAGCAGGAGAAGGACGACCCGCAGAAGGCUCAACGCAGGCAGAUGUUGGAGAUGAGAUUGGCCCAGGAGAAGAUGGCCGACCUCAGGGACCCGGCGUACAGCAGGACGCUGUCCUACCGGCGCGGCGCCCAGGGCCAGGGCGGCAGACAGGACGUGAGUUUGGAGGCCGCACCCACGGACUACCGCCAGCUCCAGGCCGAGCAGAAUGCCCGGGCCAUG